AUUCAAAAUACAAAGUAACGUUGAAACUUGGCAGAUUUAGGCCACCAGUAGAUGAGUAAGGUGACGAUGCCACGAACUUUGUGAUGGGAAAUGUUCCGGUCACAUUGACGAUGCUCACGAUUUUCGUCCUUUAUCGGAUGAUUGAAGGAGGAGGAAAUACAGUUGAAACCACUCAAAUAUGUCGGCCAUUCUGUCGUCUGUCACAGGAGACACGUGAGAGUUGCAGUGCUCUGAGAUUUGUAUUCACGUGUAUCAACACUGUCUGGAUGAGGUGUGCGUCUGAUGGACAUUUUCACUGUGCCUGUGAGUGGUCCCAUGCACUGGACAAUGUCAACAUGGCGACAGAAGAACUAGCCUACGUGAGAGAAUCAACAAUUUUGGAGAGGUGCACACUUGCAUUGAAACAAGACUGUGAAUUAUGGAUGAGUAGACGGAAACAAAUUCCCUGUGAAAGAAUAACAAAGAAACCGUCACUGUCAGAUCCGACCAAUCCGGAAUUUAAGCUGAAAGUGUUGGAAAUCCGAGAGAGUAUCAUGCAAAUACAGGACGGACCAAAAAGACGACAUCUUCUUCAGAAUCUCCAUUCGCUGAUUCAAAGGAGAGCAUGGAGGCACGCUCGAAAGAAUCACAACUUUUCUGGUAUUUCAACUUCUCGUCCACAAGAAAUUAUUACUACCAAUGGCUCCAGCAUCAACCCCACUCCUCGUGGUGACGGCCAACACCCGAAAACAGAACUGGUCUCAAAUUACACAGUUAUCGAUUGGGCGGAUACUAUUGACGGUUGGCACAAAAAAGUUUUGUUUGAGCACUGGGAGAAGGUAUCUGAAGCGGACAUUCUGGAGACACUCCGAAGGAGGCGGAUGUUCCUGCUGAUAUUCGGAAUCCUUCUUGGUUGUACUAUAUUUAUCAUCGUUAUGUCGUUUGUCAUCAAGUAUCAGUCGGAUCGGAACGUUCGGAAAGAUAUAAACUUUGAUGGUGAUUUAGACGUUAUGGGUAAAAGGCAGAACUCGUUCAGCUUUAUGGACAAACUUCGAAAAGAAAGAAAACAAAAAGAAAAGGAAAAUACUGAUCUUUAUCGGAUGAGUUCAUUGGUGCUUUAUCCGAGAAAAACAGAAACGAAUACAAAGACAGAAUACAGAAGAAAACCACAGACAUUUAAGAGUCCUAGCGAGGAGCACACAGAGAACAUACCGAACGCUCAGUCUGUUGCAGUGGAGCUUAAAGAAAGUUCUUCCAGUUUAGAUCUUGGGGACCGAUUGUUUCCGUCUGCAAUGAUGAGAAGCUUUGGAACAGAAAUUAAUAGCCCGUCACACCUAGCAAAUUUAGUCACGACAGAAACAAAGAAAAGUACCACAUCUACAUUAACGAGUGUUAAUUCAUCUAGUGGAUCAUCCACAUCAACGAGCACUACUUCAUCAAGUGGAUCAUCCACAUUGACGAGCGCUUCUUCAUCAAGUGGACCAACUACAUCAAAAAGCGGACUAAGCACGCCAGCCUCAGACCUUUCGGUUCCCGCGUUGACUGCCAACACCACUUAACAUCGUGUCGCGUCAACACGAAAACUGUCGGUUGCCGCGUCGAAAACCAAUACAAGUUAAAAUUUUGGUACGAUUUCUAGAAAAACUGCAUCAUGAGAUGUUUGUAGCACAUCACAACCAGAACAUGUAAUUUUCGCAACGACAUACAAUACGGUUUCAUCAUUCUUAGCAACAUCCAAUCAAUCACCAUCACGCGGAAACGUAUCUUCACGUCACAACGGGGGAUGUAAUAUCGCACCGGAAGGAAUGUGAACGAAAAUAACACCACCAUCAAAUUUUAUUCAUUACUAUGUCUAGAUUUCUGUAAAACGAUAAAUCAUAAUCUUGGGGAUACAUGAACUGCUUUUUGGAUCGUUGAUAGAUCCAUUGUUCCAUGCACUGCAAAACAAGAUCGUCAGUGUCCCACCGGAAGCGGUAGGCAAAUAACUCCUUCCGGUUCACGAGGUAUGGUAAAUCUCCUAUCCCAAACGUGCAGUAACCGUGGAAUGACCUUGACCCGUGACACGCAUGAGUUGAUGC